AUGCCUGACAUUGUGCGACCUGCCGCUACACCUCCGGCCUCUGCCAUCUCGCGCUCGGACGCGCCGCUGCCGACCGGCCCCUGCAUCUCGUCAGGCUCGAACGCCCACCUGGCACCCACCACUUCGGACCCAUCCUUUGACCUUCUCCGCAUCGCCUUCCACGAGGAGCCUUACACUCUGAGUCCGCUGGAGGGGCCGUAUGGAUACUUUCCCAUGCGGCUCGGUCAGAAGCUGCGCCAGGGCAAAUAUGAGAUCGUGCGCAAACUCGGAUAUGGUACAAACUCAAGCGUGUGGCUCGCCAAAGAAACAACGCCUGAUGGGCAUCGUUACAUCGUGCUCAAAAUCAUGUCGGUAUACACCACACAGGUCGAAAUCCGCCAGCUGAGCCACGAGGCUGCAGUCGCCCGGAGCAUGGUCACAUUUCAGAAGUCUGACCAGGCGCAUCCCGGCUAUCGUCACUGCGCAAUCAUUGGAAGGACCUUUUUUGAGAAUAGCGCACAUGGUGAACAUCUUUGCUCGCUUUACGCUCCGUACGGCACAACAUUGGACGAUCUUCUUGAGACCUCUCCAACCGGCCGUCUUCCGCUUCCCGCGGUGAAGACGAUUACGAGGCAAGUACUUCUGGCCCUCAGCUUUCUGGAAUACAAGCUUCAGAGGGUGCACACAGACGUCAAGGCGGCGAACAUUCUCCACCACCCGCGUGCCCCCACUGAGCAGAUUGACCGCUUCCUCGCGGACAGCCCGGUGCAGAUGUAUGCGGACACGCCCCCGAUCGAUCCGCGCAUAUCGCCAGAUCCCAUUCCGGCCCUGCGGUCGCAGCCGCUCCCCAACUUCGGGCUGGACUCGUCGUAUGCGAACAUUGAUAUCAAGCUCAUCGACUAUGACAGCGCUAUACGCGCAGAGGAUAUCCGCGUGGACACACUUAUCUGUACGCCGACUGAGAUCCGCGCUCCCGAGAUGCUACUCGGGCAUGCGUGGUCGUACCCCGUCGAGGUUUGGGCGGUUGGCUGCCUGGUAUUCCAUUUGCUCACGCAUGAAGCGGUGUUUCCCCCUUAUACCCGAGAUGAUCAGCUAGCGCUUGUCUACGAUCGUCUCGGGCCGUUUCCCGUGGAUUUCGUGCAGCGCUGCACGAAAGGACACCAAUAUAUCGAUGACCGAGGUGAGCACGGCGCCGGGGGUCAAGGCACCCUCGAGACAAGAUUCGCGACCUCGUCUCACGGUUUGAGCGAGCAGGACGUCAACGACACCUGCCGUUUCUUGCGCAGGUGCCUCACAAUUGAUCCUUUGUCUAGACCCACGAUCGCCCAGUUAUUGGAGGAUAUGUGGCUCACGACUUGA